UUAUGUAAUGACGGGAGGAAAGGAAGUAUGGCCUAAUGAGGUCAAGUUCUAUCUUAUUGAUUUGAUUGUGGAAGAAGUGAAGAAUGGAAAUAGAACUACCACUACUUUUUCAAAGGUAGGCUGGGCAAACAUAAUAAAUGGAUUGACAAACAAGUUUAGGAAGGUUUGGAAUGAAGAUCAGUUAAAGAACAAGUUUAAUCAGAUGAGGAGAAAGCAUAGGGUUUUCACGACAAUCAUUAGUGAGACUGGAGUUAGUUACACUACGGCAACAGGGAAGAUUGAUGGCUCUGAUGAACGUUGGGAAAGAUGGUUAAGGUUGGAUAAGGUGGUUGGAAGCAUUAAGAAGUAUGGUUGUCCGAAGUAUCCAAAACUUUGCAUUAUCUAUGGGGAUACUACCGCUACUGGCAACGAUGCACUACCUUCUACACAGGAGAUUAUAGACAGCAGCAGCGAGGAUCAGAGCAAGGAAGUUUCUGAAAGUAUUAUGGAUAAGACAACUGAACUUGCAAAUGAAUUGAAAGGCAAAGCAAAGUCUAAAGGGAAAAAGAGAAAAGCAGUUAGAUCAACCUUCUCUUCUACCAUAGAGAAGGCAAUAGUUGACAUGGCUGAGAUGGCAAAAAUGAAGAAUGAGAUGCGUAUGGCUUCUCAAGCCAACUCUUCUAUUAGAGGUCCAUUGAAUGAAGUAACUUCACCGGAUAAGGAUUUAGAUAUCAUGACUGAAUGCAUGAAGGUUUUGGAUGAUUUGGAUGUGGAUGCUGAUAUUUUUGUGAAGGCUUUAGAUAUUUUACAUGACCAGCCAUUAAAAAGAGGGCUUUUCUUACGCAUGACGGAGAAGAGAAGGAUGGAGUGGUUAGGAAGUUUGGUUUGAUGUUUGCUGACGUUUGCUUGAAAAGAGGGUUCACUUGAUGAUUAUGUGUUUUAGAGUUCAAGUUUGAGUAUUUAUGUUUGCUGUAUGUUUUAUGGAGCUUUGUUUAAGUGUGAGCUUGUAUUUUGGAUUAAGUUUGUUUAAGUGUUUGUUUGAUCAAGUAUUAUGUAUUUGAAGUUUGUUUGUGCAUUUUCUGAUUCGAAUAUAUUAUCUAUGCAGAAACGGAAUGGGAAGUUCAGAUACAGAUUCUGAUGAUGAGAUGCAUAUAAAUCUGAUAAUAUAUUUGGCAUUGUUGGAGAAUGAGAGAUUGAAUUUUCCUAAAGAACCAUGCAGAAACUCAAAAUUGCCAGGACAUCAAUGGGUUCAAGAACUUUUGCGUGGUCAUCCGAUUAGGAUAUAUGAAGAACUACGAACUGAUAAAGAAACAUUUAUUGCUUUAUGCGAUGAAUUGAAACAACAAGGAUUGUUGGAAUCUACCAAGAGAGUCAUUGUUGAAGAACAAGUGGCAAUCUUCCUACGAACUUUAGGUCACGCCAUUGACUUUCGAGAUGGUGCUGAAAGGUUUCAGCACUCUACAGCUACCAUCUCUAAGUACUUCGGUAAAGUAUUGAAAGCAGUGGUGAAGCUUUCCAACAAGUACAUUGUUCCCCCAAAUUUCGAUAAAGUUCCUGAAAAAAUAAUUGGUUCAAAAUAUGAUCCAUAUUUUGAGGUAAAUUAAUUUGCCUCUAUAGUUAGUUCAACAAUUUUAUAACAUGUUCAUCUAACAUUUUCUAUUUUGUAACUUAGAGCUGCAUUGGGGCAAUAGAUGGAGUGCAUAUUGAUGCAUCUAUUCCAACCGGCGAGCAAAUACCAUUCCGAGGGCGAAAGACAACAACUACUCAGAAUGUGAUGGCUGCAUGUUCAUUUGACAUGCUUUUCACCUAUGUAAUGGCAGGGUGGGAGGGCACGGCAAAUGAUUCUAGGAUUCUUGCUGAAACAGUUUCUAAUCCAGGGAAUAAAUUUCCAAUGCCGCCGCGAGGUAUGUAAUGAAUAAUUUUUUAUGUCUAUAUAGAUUACAAAUUUAUUAGUUUAUAACUAAUUAACUUCUAAAAAAAUUUCAGGUAAAUAUUAUGUUGUUGAUUCUGGAUAUUCAAACAUGCCUGGAUUUUUAGCACCCUACCGGACAAGAGAAUCUUCUCAUUUCCAAGAGAUUAACCGUGCAGGUGGCCCAAAAAAUCGUAAACAAUUGUUUAACUUUUAUCAUUCGUCCCUACGCAACGUUAUUGAGCGUUGUUUUGGAGUUUUGAAAGCUAGGUUUCCAAUUCUAAAACAUAUGCCUAACUUUCCAUUCAAGAAGCAAGCACAAAUUGUUAUAGCUACUUGUGUGAUACAUAACUUCAUCAAGAUCCACUGUGAUGAAGACGUCUUAUUUGACGAAUACCAACAGUGUGAUGUGGAAGUCCAGGGAGUACAACAAACUGAAGUGUAUGAUGUCGGUUCAACUCAAACUCGGGCAAUGGAAAUUCGACGUGAUGAAAUAGCAGACAAGUUGUGGAAUGACUUUCAAGCAGGAGUUAUUUGAUGUUUUCACUUAUUUGUAUUUGUUAUUGUAGUCGUACUUCUUAAAAUGUUUGGUUGAUGUAGUAGUAUUUUGUUUAUUUGUUUAAAACAAGAUUGCUAUUGAAAACAUAAAUCAGUUUGUAAUAACUGUAUCUAAACAAGUUUUCAUUUCCAGGUUUCAGUUUCAGAACUCUCUAAAUUCUCAGCUAAACAAGUUUUCUUCAGGUUUUGUUUUCCAGAAAGCGACAGAUUCCUUUUCUUCAGAUUCCCUUUUUUGUUUUCCAGAAAUCAAAAAACAGAAUGAGUACUAAACGGGGCAUAACUUACCUUUUCUUAGUGAUUCUUGGAUUUGUAAAUUCAUUUCUUUUUCCUUUCUUUUCAAUAAAGAAAAGGUCGAUAAAGAAAGGGUGUACAUUUCUACUAAUUUUUUGCACGAAUAUGCUCUACCUUCAUAAUAUUUGCUUUGCAGAAUAUAACAAUAUCAUCAUCAAAUAAGUAGUGAGAAAUCUAUGGAUAGUUCUGAUUUAUUUUAAUGUCCUAAAUAUCACCUCAAGCAACUCCUUGGCAAUAAAAGAAGAUAGAGCAAUGGACAUAAGGAUAAAUAAGAAUGGGGAAAUUGGAUUAAUUUGUCGAAUACCUAUAGUCAGGUAGAAAGAUUCGGUGUCAUUCAUAAGUAUGGAGAAUUUCACAGUUCUUACACAUGCAUUGAUCCAUCCUCUCCACCUAAUUCAGAAAACAUAAGCUUGCAGGAUGGAGUCAAGACAUUCCCAAUCAACCAGGUCAUAUGCUUUCUGCAUGUCCAACUUGAUCAUCAUAUCUCACUCUCCAUUUUAAGAUUCUUGAAGUGGUGGAGUAUCUCAUGGACGAUUAUAAAUGAUCCUGAAUGAG